GAAGUGCGCGCCUAAGCACGGCAAGCGCGGCCAAGGGUGGCGGCAGUCAGGGAGCGGCUGCGUGGGCGCUGCCCAGGAGCCGGAGCAUCAAGUGUGCGUGGGCAGAGCGGGCGCGUGUGUCCGCCACGAAUGUGCGCUGGGCGGGGGCGCAGCAAGUGCAUCCCAGCGGACGCAGACCAGCGCGCGGCGUCGGCGGCGAGGUGGAGUGUAGAGGAGCGCGGCUGGCCGCAGAGAGGAAGGAUGCGUGCGGGGGUUGAUAUGGACCCAAAUCCUCGAGCAGCCCUGGAGCGCCAGCAGCUCCGCCUACGAGAGCGGCAGAAAUUCUUCGAGGACAUUUUACAGCCAGAGACAGAGUUUGUCUUUCCUCUGUCCCACCUGCAUCUUGAGUCCCAGAGACCCCCCAUAGGCAGUAUCUCAUCCAUGGAAGUGAAUGUGGACACGCUGGAGCAAGUAGAACUUAUUGACCUUGGGGAUCCGGAUGGAGUAGAUGUGUUCUUGCCCUGUGAAGAUCCUCCACCAACCCCCCAGACAGCUGGGGUGGAUGACCAUCCAGAGGAGCUGAGCCUGCCAUUGCUCACGACAGACAGGACAACAUCCCGGACUUCCUCCUCAUCCUCGGAUUCCUCCACUAACCUGCACAGUCCAAAUCCUAGUAAAGGUGGAGCAGACACACCCUUGGCACAGUCUGAGGAGGAGGAGGAGGAUGGGGGUGAUGGAGGAGCAGAGCCCAGAACCUGCAGCUAGCAGAGGGCCCCUCUUGCAGACUAACUGAGCUGGCUGUUCUCCACAUGAAACCCUAGACCCAGCCAGAGCCCUUCAGGAGAAGACAAGACGCUUUGCUUGGAGUGGGCACCAAAGGGAGGGAAGGUUGGUGGGAUGGUGUACCUCUGAAAAUUAACUUUCUCCUGCUUUAGUGCUAACCUCUUCCUGCUGCAACCUUCCCACCAGUUUUUGGCUUACUCCUGAGGUAGGAGUUGCAAGUGACUGACGAGAUGGAAGAUGAGGUAGGACAGGAUGCCACUGCUUUCGUAGCACGCCUCCCUCCCCCACACUAUCCUGUAGGCUUCCAGUGGUCUCCUAAACCAGUGUCUCUAAGUGGAUGUGAACUCGUUAGCACUCCAAAUGAGGUGUUACUCCAAUUAUUUUGCCUCCUUACAUCCUCUUUGGAAAAGGAUAUGGUAUAAAUAAUAAACAAGUAGUAACAUACCAA